AUGCCUAAACGAAAUCCUAUUGAAAUUGAGGCUAAAGAUUUAAAUACCAGCUUCGUUUCACAAAACAAUAGCCACAUUAAAAUUAAAGCGAAAAGUGUGAAAUUACCAGGAGAAUUUGAGCCAGGAAUUAUUAUAUGGAUGACAGAAGGAAAAACUACAUUUUUACAUGUUUUUAAAUAUAAAAAUGAAAAACUGGUUGAAUGUUUAACAGCAUGGAAUUAUCGAGGAAAUGUUAUUGAUGCGUAUUUAAGUGAAAAACUUCCAUUUACCAUUACUGCACUAACAGCAAAUAACAUUAUCUAUAGAAUUACUGCUUCAAAUAAAGAUCCCACUACACCAAUAGUUGAGAAAAUUGAUAUUGGAACAGUUCAACCUUCACAGAUUAGAUGUUUUGAUACUCCUGAUGGAAGGGAGUUAGUGCUAGUCCUUGACAAACAGAUAAGAAGGUACUUCCAAACUUGGGAUUUCAUAAAGGAAAGAAUUGGAUCUAAGGAGGAUGGUAAACCGAGUGAAGAAGGAGAUGAAUUUAAGUGGGAACUUCAAAUUGCUGACCCAUCAUUAUUUGAAUGUAGUUCUAAGUAUUUUAUUACAAGAAUUAAUAACUCAAAUUUGCCUCAUCUUUCUUUAGGGAUGCUUACAGCAAAAUAUUUUUUAAUGUCCAAUUCUUCUGCUGGGGUAGAAAUUAAAUCUUGGGAUGAUGAUAAAUUUAUUGUUAGACAAAACGUUACUCCAAAACAACUUUCAAAAGUUGCAAUUGAUAACUCAUCAGAGUAUUUAGCAGCAGUAGAUAUUACUGGAACAUAUUGUUUUAUAUACAAAAUAGAAAAUCCAAAAUUAAUUCCAUUUGGUAGUUAUUAUCGAGGACAGUCUCAGUCUCAAGUACAACAACUCUCGUUUUCUCACGACUCAAAAAUAGUUGUAUUUGUAUCAUCGAAGUCUAUUCGAUUUAUUCCAUUACCUGGUUCUGCUUUAACUUCAGGUACUUAUAUAGAUGAACAAUCAAUUUGUUGUUUUUCCUCACCAACAAACCAAAACAUUUCUGUCUGUGAAGUGGGUCAUGGUAAUGAGCCAAAUUAUGUAUUUAUUGUUGUUACUGAGAGUUCAAUAAUUCAAAUUACUUUUGAACUCAAAAGUGGAAAAAUAGAAAAUUAUCGUAUUAAGGAAUUUGAAGGUUUAAUUCAAAUGAUUAAGUCUAUGUCACAAAUUGACAUUCAAAGCCAAAAAACCUCAAAGAGUGAACGUUUUUAUUUCAACUACAAUUAA